GCCGAGUGUUGACCGAAUGAACGCGCGGCCUACGUGUUUACGCGGCUUGAAGUCGUGGUAGAAGCGCGAAUCGAUUCCCUGGCCGUUCGCACGACGUGAAGACGCUGCCUGCGCGCCGUGACGAUGCGUGCCGCACGAGCACAGAGCGCCGCUGACGGCAUGAGCGACGGCGGCGAGGACGGGCCGCGUGAGAGGAGCAUCACCGCCAGCGGCGGCGGCAUCGCCACCGGGCGAAACGGCGAGCUCACGAUGGAAGACAUUCCGAUAGGAUCGACCGCCGUAAUAAGGGGCCUGAUCAAUUUGAAAGCGAAGGAGGACGCGCUGCGCGACGAGGACGCCGUUGCCGUCGGCGAACACGACUCCGCGCGUAAGCGUCGCGACGCGAACGCGCCGAGCGACCACGAGGACGGUGACGCGCGCGUCGUGCUCCCCGUCGUCACGGACUUCGUCUCGACCGGGUGCGCAACGGUUGACGACAGCCUGAUAAACGCGUUUAUGAGGGGCGUGAGAUUGGGAGUCAGCAUGGAAAUGAGCAGCCCGCCUCAACUGGCCGACGCACUUGUCAAUUCGUACUCCUCUACGGCAGCUGUGGACAGUGCGUCGCGCUACGGGAAGGAUUCCUGCUCCUGUGAUACUUCCAAAGCUAAACGAGAUAUGUUUAGGGAGGAGUUGCAGAAAGCUAUGAAGUUCCAAAGCCUAUGGAGCGAGCUGCGACAGUGUAUACGUGCUACCUUCAACGCCACCUUGGAAAUAGCUCGUGCCUCCUCGGAGCCUCCAGAGUCCCAGUGCAGAUCAUCUUUGAACGAUAUGCACGAUACCGUUAUUCAAUUAUGUAAAAGGGACCCCCACCAGCUUUUCAUGAGGCUGGUGAGCCAGGCGCAGGAGUUCGUGGUGGAAGUAAAAGUUCGUUUGUUAGCACUUCUGAACGAUCGUAGCGAGAGCAAUUUAGCGGAAAUUUUCCUCACCGGUUUGUUGGACGACUACGACGCCCUCGUGUCGACGGCGAUUCAGAUUUCUGACUUGGUGAAACCGUUGAAAGAUUACCUCUUCAAGUUCAACUUGACGUGGGACUGUUUCAUCAAAAAGUUGUAUCAAAUUUACGUUUACAAUGACCCCUUCGUGCAGGACAAUCUGCCUAUGCUUAUCGGCCAGAUGAGAAAGCUUCUGCCGUUGAAAGGCCGGGAAUACCAAGGUCUUGUUCACAGAUAUUUAUCUUUCGACGAGGAGGUUUCGAGGAUCGCUAAUUUGUGGCCUGAAACGGAACGAUGGAUGGAUAAAUACAAUGCAGAACAAGCCGUUCGUAUGACGAGACUCAGGCAGAUCAGGGAAGCCUGGGAAUUGUUCACAGCAACGCGCAAGUUUGUGGAGCGCAACAUGUUGAACAAAACGUGUGACAUGGGAAAUGAAAUGCAAGAGAUCCAUGGACAGUUUUCGACGCUCAUCGCGGGUACGUCCGAAAACAACAGCCGCCCUUCGAGUCCUGUAGUUAACUUCACUUCGGAUUCUAUAACUAUGCCACCGAGUAUAGAGAUAGUUCAAAUAUUGCUGGACGAUUGGAACAAGGCGCAACAUCAGAAGCUGGCAGACAUAGUUGGGGCAUUGACCGCCAGUGAGGUGGACGCUGUCGGACAAAAGGCUUACGAUUGUCACGAUUACACGCGUAUAACGUGCCACUUGGCGCAAUACGCUAUUAGAUCGGUCAAAAGCAAUCACGAUGACUCCGGCGGUUUGGAGAAUGGACUCGAGAACGGGAAAGAAUGCGACUGUCACUCUUGCCAUGAAACGGAAGUGGAAUGUACGGAUAUGGAAAGUAAACUAGAAAAAGACACGGUGGAGAAGGAAAAUACAAGUUCACCUCCGAUCCUUAGCAACGGGUUCCCAGAAGGAGCCGUGAAUUGUACAGCGACGCAGGUUAAAAAGAAGCUAGACAAUUCCAAUGACGAAGAGGCGAAGAAGGAGUCGUCGGGCGUGCGCAAUGCUUUGCAUAAAGACGCCGCCACGAAGACACCCGGACUGGAGCCUUGCUCUUGUGUUUACCAACACGCGAAAGAAAUAGCGGAAAGGAAGAAGGAAAUCCUGGAAAACCCGCCCUGUCCUUGUCUACUGAGCUCGAGGCGCAAAUGGGACGCGUGUCCUUGUUUGACUAAAUCUGUACAGCCCACAACGGUUCUGGCGAACGGUCGGCCCAAGCCAGUGCCGCAGGCCUCCGUCACUGUGAAAACUAUUCAAGAACCGAGCCCGAAACCAGCGGUGAAGACCGGCUCCACGCAAUCCGCGCAGACCCAAACGAGGCAUUCUACCACGCAAACGCCGAGCGCUGCUCACAAUCAUAACGCUCAUCAGGUGAGUUCCGGAGACGGGGACUGCUCGGACUCGGUGAGCAGCCAGGAGGACUCGUGUUCCACCAGCAGCUCGGCGCAGAGGGAUGUAAACCGGCACUGUGAUUGCUGUUACUGCGAGGUCUUCGGCCACGGAGUUCCAUCGGUCGCGCCGGUAAGCCGGAACUACAACGAGAUGCGGGAACGACUGCGGCAGCUGUUGACGAAGAAGAAGGCGAAGAAGUGUAAGGCCGCCGGCUGCAGUCCGCCAAAGAGCCCGUCGGGGUCAUCGCCCCACAAUGCCAAUUCUGAGUCCAAAGGGGCGAAUUCCGUUCCCAGAUCGAACACUCCGAUUUCGACAGCCUCGACCGUCCAACAGGACCAACGGGAUCAGCGGAAUCUGGAGGAAUUGUUGGAAUUCAUCGAAGGCAAUCACAAUAGCAAGAAAGAUAACAACAAGAAGGCCGAGAAGAAAGCGAGGCAGAAGCAGCGGAAGCUCGAGGAGAAGAUGAAGAAGGACCGGCAAGAAGCUCAGAGGCAGAAGUUGAUAGAGCUGCAGAAGAAGACGCCUGAGGUGACCAUCACCGUGGUCGAUCCUAAGAAGCCUCCACAUCGGAAAUUCUUGCCUCAGUGCGGCUUACCGGAAGUUUCCAUCCUGCCGACGUCUUCGCGAGUAUCCUUGCCCGCGAUAAAGCCGUUGAACGACAAGAAGAAGGAUAAGCAAGAGGUUUGUAGCGACGGUAAUAGCAGCAACGGCUCCGUUAGUAUUAAUCGUUUAAAUGCAAAGACAAAGACGUCGUCUGCGAAUGCGAAGAACAAAAGUAUUAACGGUACUGAUAAGUGCGAGAUACGAAGUACGAAUCCCAGUCAAGGUAACAAAGGUAGCGCGAAGGGCGAUAAGGUCGAAGCGAGCAACAAGGGCGGCAAGCCAUCCGCGAACGCCGUGUGCGCGAAAAACGGGCCUAAUGCGGACAAAUCCUCCGACGUGGAUCCGCUCGACAAGAAACUGACGAAGAAGGAGAGGAAGAAGCUGAAGAAGGAAAUGAAGAAGCUGGAGGAGGCGAAGGCGAAGGAGUCCGGCGGUUCGGCACCGACGGAGUCCCAGCCGCAGAUAGUCACCAUUAAGAGGGUGCUCGAGUCGAACAGCGUCGAGCCCACAGUCACGAUCACCCUGAAGGGCCAGACGCCGGCCGAGGACAAGGUUUUAUUCACCUUAGUGAACGGUCAGACGAAGGAGCCUUCGUCCAACAAGGAACAAGAACAGAACCAGAGUAACGGCGGCAAGAAGAAGAAGGCCAAGGGGAAUAACAGCAACAACGCGACUCUGCAACAGCAAGGGAACAAGUUGCAGCAAUCGAACUCGAAUUCGACGAAACAGCAAGCGCAGCAGGCAGUGGCCAAGGUCGGCGACGGCAAGAAUCUGAAGCAGCAGGCGAGUAACGAGAAGUCGAAGACCGGCAAGCAGCAGCAGCAGGACGAGAAGAAGGCUCAACAGCAGACGGCCGGCGAGACGAAGAGCUGCAAGUCGAAGAAGGACAAGAAGAACACGGAGAAUAAGGAGAACAUGCUGCAGCAGCAGAACACGUUGAACAAGAGCAAGAAUCAGCAAAACGCCAAUAACAGCAACGGCAAGAAACAGAGUAAGGUGAGCACGCCUCCUCAGACGCCGGUGUCGCAGAAACAGCAACAGCAGAGUGUCACGAGCGAGUCGGCGGCUGGCAAAAAGGCGAAGAAACAGCAGCAGCAGCAGGACAAAAGUGUACAGUCCAAUUCCAAUAAGAACAGUAAGAACGUUAAUAAUAACAACGCGAACAAAAUGACGAACAAGAACGAUUCUCAGAAAAGUGCGGGUAAGGCGAGCCAAAUUGCCGGCAAGCAACGUUCGCCCGCGGAGGUGCAGAGCAACGAACGAGUCAACUCGCCGCUCAGUAGCCAGUUCAAGGACAUCGGCCCGAACUCCAAGAUCGACAUCGAGAAUCUGAAGCUACCGCCGGGCAUCACGAUCACGAAGGUGGACGCCCCGGCGAAGCCGAUCCCGAUCAGACCUGCCCCCAUGCCGAAGCCGGUCAAUCCUCCCAAGCAGACCACCAUCAUCGCCGCGCCGAUGAGCGGCGUACAGUCGAGCUACGCGAGCUCGCAAGCUGGCGGGAACGUCAUAGUGGUGGACACGGGGAAGCUCAAGCAGGACUUGCUGCCGAAGACCAACGAGAAAGAUGGGCCGAAAGAAUCUCAAGCUCCUAUCAGCACCAGCAGCAAAAAGAAGAAGAAAAAGAACAAGAAUUCGGGGAAUUCGGCGAACAGCACUGCGGCUUCCACGUCGCCGGUGCGAAGCAGCGAAGCGUUCGCGAAUCACGAUCACGGUGUGAUCGACGAACCGGCCAGGAUACUGCACAAUCCCGGCACGAACAUGGUGACUAUAAGGAACCCGUCGUUCGGGCCGAUGAAGGUGCCGCCGACGCAGCAGGCUGCCAUCAUAAAGGUAUCCGAGAACGGCAUGGUGACGAUCAGGAGUCCGGCUCUGCAGCAGGCGAUCAAUGCCGGCCUGACGUCAGCGCCCAGGCCGGAUUACAUCGUCAAGGGUGACAUGUCCGCCAACCGGAUGCCGACGGCGACGUCCGACAGCACGGGCGGCGCCGGUUCGAAGCACACCGGCGCCGCGGUUCUACCGUCGAGCCUCGCGGAAUUGCGCAGCCGACUGGCGCCGACCGACUGCGCCUCCCUCUCCGGCCUGGCUAACAUUCAGAUCAGCAAGGUAACGAACGGCCAGCCGAUCCCGGAGAACGGUAUCAAUCUGAAGGGCACCAGCGUGACCCUGACCAAGGUGAAGCCGGCCAACGCGGCGACCACUAUGGAGGACGCGAGACAGUCGAAGAACGCGGUGAAGGAGGCGAUGAGCGCCUCGAUCAUGGCGACUGGCGGCGGCAACGGUAGCGGCGGCAAGAGCAAGAAAAAGAAGAAGCGCGGAGGCGGCGGGACGAGACAGUGCGGGGAUGACUGGAACCUCGUUGGUGAGAAACAACAAUAAUCAGACUUUAACAUGUUCAUCAGUGCAUUGACAACGGCUUUAUCUUAAGCUUCGCAUCGCCGAGAGAAGGCACUACCUACGUAUGUUAGAACACGAAGACACUCGUUCUCUGGGUCGAAAGAUUUUUCGCACACCGGAUGGAUUUGUCGAAUAACGAAUAUCCUCGAGGGAUAGACAGAUAGAUAGAUAGAUUAAUAGAUAGAUAGGUAGAUAGAUAAAUAGAUAAGUAGGUAGGCAUGUUAGUUUAGGAAAAGAGAUGCACAGAGAGACACGCUCUCGAGAAUCGUUGUCCACGAAUUUCUCGAGGAGAAAUCGCGAUCCGGAAGAGAGACGAGUAACUAAUGAGCACUUUUUUUGAUUUUCUCUGUCGCGUUUUCCUACCGUCCCGAGAGCUCGUCUCGAUAUCGCGCUUCUUUCCGGGCGAUAUUCUUUGUCGAAUACAGUUCCUCCAUAACGAGCGUAGAACAGGGUCCUGUCGUACGGACUGAGAGGGCUUGUCACGUUUAUUGUGAAUCCGGACUGACUAGAAUAGAAUCUCGCGGUGCGGCGUGAAUCGUAGAUCGUCGGCGCGAACGAGAACCACCGGUAACGGAAGAGAGAGAGAGAGAGAGAGAGAGAGAGAGACUUCCGUUGACUAUGACAACGACACGCAACACGUAGAUGGGAUUUCAUUGUGAUAACAUUGUGACGAUGCGCAUGAGUGCGACGUAUAAUUCGCAAUAUACGAUAUUUUUUAAUCUGCUGAUAACAUUAAAUAAAAAGGAAAAUACGUUUCUUUUUUCUCUUCAGUGUUAUAAUCUCUUCUUCUCCCCUUCGUCGGGCGCAGAAUCUCUGAGGACUCUUCUUCUCGUAGUGAAGUGUCGCACGAGUAUGGGUAGUCGUUCACUCACUCACUUACUCACUCACUCACUCACUCACAUUGUUUGUUCCUCCAUUGUUUCAUUCUACCUCCUUUUCCCGGUCGAGACGCGUCGGGGACGACGCCGUCACCUCGCCGUCUGUGCGAUUCUCGCGGUAAAUUUCGCGCGCAUGCGCUCCGAAUCGGUCACAUAUCGAAUUUGCCGAACAGAUUUGUCGUGUUUCCCACAAUGACGAAGAGGAGUCUCACACAAGAUGCAACUCCGCUAAUACCGUUUCGCACGACGAAAGAUCGCAGGGAGAGAGAGAGAGAGAGAGAGAGACCAUCACUUGUCGUCAGCUUGAGGGGUUGCCGUCGAUCGGUCGUUGAUCGAUUCGUCCAGCAUCACACACGAGUAUUUUUGCCGGUACACAGUCACUCCACAUUUCGUGAAUUAAAUUGUAAAUUUUGCGAAUUGCCGUGAGUGGCCGUGUUGAAACGUCCGAACGAAACUUAGCGGCAUUUCACCUAUUCCUCGAUCCCUCCACUUGGUUACAUUUACUACAUUUUUACCUACACAGUAUAUCCGUCAUGGACGUAGCCAGGAUUUCAGUCGGGGAGAGGGAGAAGAAAUUUAUCUUCACACAAAUUUUAUUUUAUUCAUCUCGUUUUGGGGCUCUCCGUGCGCGCGUCUGAAACCAGAUUCUUCCUGAGUAACUGAAACACGCCAGAAUCAUUGCAGACAAUGCAGACAUUGCGUUACAAAUUGUCCGCUCAAAUUUCUGUGUUACUUCAACAAAGUGGAUAUGUUGAAAAGUAACAUGUUAACCAGGGCGAAUAUAUUAAUUCAACAUAUAUUCGCGUACUUUUUAACAUACUCCCCGAAGUUGAAGUAACGCAGACAUUUCAGCGGAUCAUUUUUUACACCAAAUUUUUUACCGUGACUUCUGACGAUGAAAUUGAACAAUUUUCAUUGCAUUCACUUUCACAAAACAUUGCUGGCUAAUACUUUGUUGUCAAUUUUUAAUUAUGAAACGUGUACUGCAGCUUCUUUGUCGAAUAUAGAUCGCGAUAUAUCGAUUAUAUUUCUUUAUUAUGAUUUUCAUCAUUCAAUUACUUCUACUUGUCA